GCUAGCCGAUAGCCGAUAGCUAGCUUAGCUGUUUGGAACAACAUGCCUGUGUCUCCUCACUCAGCCGCUGUGAUGCCGUAGCUCUCCCGCGAACGUGUUCGCGAGACGGCGGCGUUGACUCGUGGAAACUCUGGAGGGUUUUUCUUUUCGCUUCGGUGUCAAUGAGCCACAAAAUCCCAUUUUUCCACGGCGCUCGCACAAGAGAGCUCCCGAGCUCCGUUUGCGGAUGUGAAGCGGGGAGCUAACGGUGUCUCGGGGGGGGGGAGGAGAAGAAGCUAACGAGCGAUAGCGGCAUUUUAUCCGGGACAUCGUGGAGGCUUCACCGGACACGCAGAUAACACCUGAAGUUCAGGAACAAAGUUCGAUCAUGGGGAUUUUCUUAGAUCUCUGCACUCAAGUCUGAUCCCCCACACAUCUGUUCUCUGCCCAUCGCUGCUCCUCUCAUCAUCGUCAGUCCCAGGACCCAUUCCAGUUUUUCUGUGCCACUUGCUGAGAUGGAUUGGGCCACACCAGCUGCCAAGUUGAAUCCCUACACCCGAGCCCGCAUGUCAGAAGCCUGGCAGCAGCACGCUGUCGCUCCUCCUCCUGUCGUCCACACCCUCCCUCCAGGAGCCGAGAGCGCAUUGGGCUGUGCUGUGUACGGUAUCGUACUGCAGCCAGAUGCUACGUCGCUACAGCAGCAACAGACCCAGCAUGGCCAGCACAGCCAGCAACACAGCGGGGGUCAGCAUGGAGGCGGGCUGCACAGUCAGCCGCAGCACGCCACCCAACAGACCUCCCUGCAAGUAGGGACAGAGGGAGGACACAAGUGUGGGGCCUGUGGACAUGAUAUCUCCCACCUGGCGAACCCACAUGAGCACCAGUGCAUGGUGAGUCAGGACAGGUCGUUUCAGUGCACCCAGUGCAUGAAGAUUUUCCACCAGGCGACAGACUUGCUAGAACAUCAGUGUGUUCAGGUGGAGCAGAAGCCAUUUGUGUGUGGUGUGUGUAAGAUGGGGUUCUCUCUGCUUACGUCUCUAGCUCAGCACCACACGUCACAUAACAGCACCAACCCAAUGAAGUGUUCGAUAUGUGAGAAAACCUACCGGCCCGGUUCUGGCAAUGCCACACCAAACUCAAACAACCCCCAGCAGCCCACCAGUGAUGGGGCAUCAGCCAGCAGCAGCUCAUCUAUUCUACCGUUUCCCUCGGCCCGAGACCGACCGUACAAAUGCUCUGUUUGCCAGAAAGGCUUCAAACACCUGUCGGAACUCACACGGCACGAGAGGGUGCACACGGGAGAGAAGCCCUUCAAAUGUGACACGUGUGACAAGGCCUUCAGCCAGUCGUCACAUCUACAGCACCAUCAGCGAACACACAGCAACGAGCGCCCGUUCAAGUGUGCUGUGUGUGAAAAGAGUUUUAAACACCGGUCCCACCUUGUGCGCCACAUGUACGUGCACUCGGGCGAGCACUUGUUCAAAUGUAACUUGUGUGAGCUGCAUUUCAAAGAGUCGUCGGAGCUCCUCCACCACCCCUGCCACCCGCAGGGUUCCCGCCCGUUUCGCUGUGCCACAUGUGGUAAGGGCUUCAAGCGGCCAUCUGACCUUCGCCAACAUGAGCGCACACACUCUGAGGAGCGUCCUUUCCACUGUGAUGAGUGUCAGAUGAGCUUCAAACAGCAGUAUGCACUUGUGCGCCACAGACGCACACAUAAAGACCCUACUGACCGGCCGUUCAAAUGCAACCUCUGUGACAAAGGUUUCCUGCAGCCCUCUCACCUCCUUUACCACCAGCACGUUCAUGGCAUGGACAACCUUUUCAAGUGUGCCUCAUGCCAGAAGGAGUUCAGCCAGUCGGGAGAGCUGCUCAGACACAAAUGUGGCGAGUCGUCCAACACCUCACCAGACAAGCCGUAUAAGUGUGACGUUUGUGGCAAAGGCUACAAGAAGAGUUCCACGCUACAGCGUCAUCAAAACUCUCACUGCCAAGAGAAGCCCCUCAAGUGCUCGCUCUGUGACCGCCGCUUCCUGUCCUCUUCCGAGUUUGUCCAGCACCGCUGCGACCCAUCACGGGAAAAGCCGCUCAAGUGCCCGGAAUGUGAGAAACGCUUCAAAUACUCAUCAGACCUGAACCGACACCGGCGAGUACAUACAGGGGAGAAACCGUACAAAUGUGACCACUGUGAUAAGGGCUUCAAACAGCGCGAGCACCUGACCAAACACCAGAGCACACACUCCAGAGAGGGGCAGUUCAAGUGUGUUUGGUGUGGAGAGCGUUACAGUGACUUGGGUUCUUUGCAGGAUCACACAGUGCAGCACACGGCGGAUGGAGGCGGUUAUCCUGUGCCCCAGUGCUUAUAAAUCCCUGGAGACCUUUUCCCUCUGAACAGUUUCCUAAACUCCCUGCCCUCUUGUGUAAAACUUGUCGGCUUUUUGUUCAGCCUAACAUUCAUGGAUCUUUCAGGACGGCCUAUGCUACAACUAUUGCAUCCAUUCCCACCAGUUCCACAUCAGAUCUUUGUUGCUCUUCUAACCUGCCCGGAGCCCAGCACUACUCCAACCCUGUCAUUCCAUGAAAUAAUAAGGAGCACUUCUUCUUCUUCUUCUCCUUUUUUCAUCCCCAUGCUCAGUUUAAAGAAGCGAGAAAGCCACAACCACUGUACUCCUGUCCUUCAGUCGUGGACUUAAACAGGUGCCAAAAAAUGCAGCAAAUGCUCCAAAAGAUAAUCUGUUAAAAAGCAUAUUAUUGAAUGAAUCAAUAGAGUUGUGUCUCCACUCUCCACUCCAAACUGAUCAGGCUGUUUGAGAAUCUAUCCUCGUUCCCUCUCCUCAGUUUCCCUCCUUUUCUUUUGCUUCCAGUCUGUCGCUGUUUAGUAUCAACAUUACGUAACAGUUGUUAGUCAGGUGAAGAAUGACUGAGACUAGUUUUCUGUUUUCAUUUCCCACAGUAAAACAACCGACCCCUUUGAUUCUGACGUAGCACCCUGCACCAACAGCACAAUUAAUUUCCCCUAUCUUAUUUAUCAAGAGGCCAGUGGUGUCAUCAUCAAAUGUGAAGGGAAACAGUUUUGGGUUAGUUUGUGGAUUUCUUGUCCUGUGGUGAAGUAAUUCUAAUGGUAGAAUGUCUGUGAGUGAAUGUGUUGGCCACGAUCUUUAUUUUGGUCAUUUGUGCUUCAACCAAAACACCAGCACCUGGUCCCAGUGCUGUUUGUAAACCAACCAACCUUCCGAAAUUAACUAUCAUUAGUUAAACCCCUAAUGGUUGAUACCAAGCUCACUCUCCACUAGAGACGUAUAUAUAGAAAUCUAUAUUUCAAACUAAUAUGCUCUUCAUAUUCCUGCAGAGGUCAGUGCUGUCAGACUGUGCUGAUGAAAUGUCCACAUGUGAACAUCACACUUCCUCCCUCAGCCUGUACAUACGGUGGACGUGUGAGUGUAUGUAGCCAGAUGAGUCGGAAAGGUCAAAACUUGUCUUUCUUAAAAAAUGUAUUGAACUGUUUUUGUAUUCUUGCUACUUUUUACCAUGUGAAAUGUUUUUGACAAAUGCUCUUUUGUUGUUUUUGUAGUCCAUGUAGUGAUUGUAUCAGUAUGUUGCAGCAGGGAAUCUCAAAGAGCCCAGCGUGUGUGUGUGUGUGUGUGUGUGUGUGUGUGUGAAUUUAAAUGGUAUUCCGUCAAACAGGGAAAUUCAGACUGAAGAGAAUUGUAUUAGAAAUGUUUCAGCAGACCUUCGCCUUUUUCUUUGUUUAAAUUUACUAAUCUUACUGGUCUGUCAAAGAGCCUUUUUUUGCAGGAUGAACCCUGUGUUGAAUAUUUUCCAUGUUUUUGAAAGGUAUAUUAACGAUGUAUUUUUUUCCUGUUACAUUUUGCAUUGAGCUCAACGUCUUGUCUUUAAAGGGUCAGUGUGUAGAAUUUGAUGGUGAAUACCCCUCCCCUCCCAAACAUGGAGAACCCGUGCUGGCUUCAGUUGUCAGUAAAACUCAAAACGUUUAGUUUGUCCAGUCUGAGCUACUGUAAAAAAAAAACAAACAUGGCAACCUCCGUAGAGAGGACCCGCUCCUGGUGUAAAUAUAAAGUAUUUAAAUGUUAACGGCCCAUUCUAGGGUAAAGAAAACCACAAUUCAUACAAUUUAGAUUUAACACACAAGUGAAAGCAUCAGUAGGAUUAUUUUAUAUUCACUUUCUGCCAAUAGAUCCCUUUCACCUAAAUCCUACACACUGGACCUUCAAAGUUUGGUUUGUACCAUAGUGAAUGACGCCUUCCUCUUCUUUGAAUGCUACGAGAUUCUCGAGAAGCCUGGAAAUCCAGUUUGUUUACAUGUUGGCAGCGUUCACCAUUGUUCCUUUUCUCUGGACGACUGGGGCGCUGUUCCCUCCUCUCUCUUGCCUUCCUUCUCGGUCACUGUCGAUUCUUGGUUUGAGUGCAGUAUUGAAAUGUAUUUGAUACAAACGGAGGCAAUGGAGGCUGAAUUUGCAUUUGUUUUUUAUUCUUUUUUUUUUAUUUUUUCGCCUUACAGAGGUACCUCUCCCUCCUCUUCUGCUUUCUGCCUCUGUCCUUCAUCACUAUCUUCAUACGAGGUCAAAUGGUUGCUCCUAUCAACCAUCGUAUUUUUAUUUUCUGGAUCUGGCAUUAUAAGACUUUGAGCACAACUUUGACUUAAAGUUUUUUUUUUUUAAGUACUGUAUGUUCUGAAUGGUUUCACAUUUGUUUGUAUAUUUUAUUUUUGUUAUUAAUAUUCUUUGAAUUGAUAUGAAUAUCUAUAUUCUUGGACAGAGAGACCAGGGCCUUGGGUGUGGCUUUGGGAUAAAGGUGGCUUUAUUUGUUCCAAACACAGAGUCGAGUUCAUACUUGAACAACGUGUAGUUUCUAAUCUGAAGACCGCUGAACAAAAUGCACAAAAACAAGCAGUCUCUACACAAAGAAUUCUGUGGUGGCAACAGUACAACACAAACUCUUCUCAGAUUUGUUUAGACUACAAGUGACUUGUUAAUUGGUGCUGACACGUCAUGAGAUGUGUGAAAUAAAAAUAGAUGCAGGACAAGGACCUUUACUGUUUUUCAUGCAUCAUGUCAAUAACACAGUUGUACAUCCAAAGCCAAAGAAUAAUUCCAGCCCAGAAUUGUUAAAAUAGUAGUUAGUAUUAUUGAGGGUCACAGGCCCUCCUCCCUACUCUUCAGUUAACGAACCCGUCAGACCCUGGUGUCUCUCUCUUUCGCUCUCUCUCUCUCUCUCUCUCUGCAUGCUUGCUGUGUUAGUUCCUGUGUUCUGUCCCUGGGAACUGGUGCCGACCCCCCACCCCGCCCCACUGUUCCCUCCUAUAGCUUUUUCAAAUUGUUCUGUAGUUUUAUGUGAAUGAUGUUGGAAAAAAAAUGUUAAAAAGAAAACUUUGUGGCGACGUACAGUACGUGUACAUUCAUUCUAAGAAUAUCUGUAUGUAUGUAGCAUUCAAUUACACACAGCACUAACAAAUAAAACUUUUUCCAUUUAUAAACUUA